CAAAACCUGGUUGGUCUCAAGGGGCAAAGGAGUAACAAUCCAGUGUAUGCAUUCAUAUCAUAUGAAUGAUUCCUUGCUGCUGAAUCCCCUUUUCUAAUAUUUUUAUCCUUCUCCUCGCAGCUCAAACUCUUCAAGGAGAUCAAGAGAGAAGAAUCGAAGAAGAGAUCAGAUUAAAGCUGGCAAAUAAUAGCAAGUGGUGGGAGAGAGUAGAUGUGGCAAGUAGAACCAUGGCUGGUUUUGAAGGUAAUAAUUCUCGAUACGUUCAUGGUCAAAAUCACAACAACCUUCUCAGACCUGAACUUCAUCUGAUUCAAAGACCUUCAUCCAUUCCUUCCUCUGAUUCUAGAGACAACAACAAUACCCCAUCACCACCAGAUCAUGCCAACCAAACUGCUCAUCACCAUCCUGAUAGUAGUGCUACCACUAGCUCUGGCGGCGGCACCAAUCCGAAUCGCCGUCCUAGAGGUCGUCCUGCUGGUUCCAAGAACAAACCGAAGCCACCCAUUAUUGUAACCCGGGACAGCCCUAAUGCCCUCCGAUCCCAUGUGAUUGAGAUCUCUAAUGGUGCUGAUAUAGUGGAAAGCGUGUCCACUUAUGCGAGGAAAAGAGGAAGAGGAGUUUGUGUUCUUAGUGGAAGUGGGACAGUUGCUAAUGUUACUCUAAGGCAACCCGCUUCUCCUGCAGGAAGCGUGCUUACUUUGCACGGAAGGUUUGAGAUCCUUUCGCUAUCUGGAACUGUGCUUCCGCCACCUGCGCCACCUGGGGCGGGAGGGCUGUCCAUAUUUUUGUCCGGUGGACAAGGACAAGUUGUUGGAGGGAAUGUUGUGGGGCCUUUGAUGGCUGCAGGUCCAGUGGUUUUGAUGGCUGCAUCUUUUGCUAAUGCAGUAUUUGAGCGUUUGCCUUUGGAUGAUCAGGAGGAAGCUGGGGCGGUGCAGGUUCAGCCCACAGCUUCUCAGUCUUCGGGUGUGACUGGAAGUGGUGGACAGAUGGGCGAUGGCGGAGGAGGCAGCGGUACUGGAGGAGCUGGUAGUGGUUUUUUUAAUAUGGCCGGAGGAGCUCAUCACGGGAAUUAUCCAUUUUCAGGUGAUUUGUUUGGACCAUGGGGUGGAAGUGCUGCCAGGCCUCCAUUUUAAUUAGGGUACCAAGGUUUUUUUUUCCAACGAGUGACGAGUUAGAGACAUUGUACUAUCAGAUUUUGGGCGAGACAAUUUCUGAUCAGCUUUCAAUAAUAAUUGAUGAUGGAGCAUUAAUGAUCGAUCAUGAGGGGGUAUAUAUAUAGAACAAUUAAGCUGCUAGCUAGCAUAUAUUUUGUAUUAAUGUAUGAACAUGGUUGUGAUGUGGUGAUAAGAAAGAUCGAGAUUGGUCUUAUCUAAUUUCUUCAUUGACAAGUCCAUAAAGAUAGAAGAAGAAGAAGAAGAAGAAGAAGAAGAAGAUGAUGUAUAUUCAUGGAGGCUGCCUGGUACUAAUAAUUACUUUGGAACCCAGAUAGGAGCUAGAGCUAUGGAUUUACAGAUUUGUCGAGGUCAGUAAGUUCAACUUCAUAUGUAUAAACCAUUUUGGGUUUCCUCUGUGUCUUUUCUUUUUCUUUUUAUCAAUAAUUUGUAGCUAUAUUUGGAAGUUCUAAUAUAGUAUAUAUUUUGAUGCCCA